UGGUAACAGCGUACUCUCGAUAUCAGGUAUUGCGUGCGAGUGCAGUGUCGGUUUUGAAUGUGUUGUUAUGGAAACAUGAGAGUUUAAUGUCUAUGUGCUAGUUUCUUUCUCGCUUUGUUUUAAACGAUAUUCUCAACAUGAAGAUAGAAGAGGUGAAAAGUACCGCAAAAACUCAGCGCAUAUCCGCACACAGUCAUAUUAAAGGCCUCGGGUUAAAUGAAAAUGGUGAAGCAAUUCCAAUGGCUGCUGGAUUAGUUGGCCAAGAAAUGGCACGGGAAGCUGCUGGUAUAGUCGUAGAUAUGAUUAGGUCAAAGAAAAUGGCCGGGCGAGCUUGUCUUUUAGCUGGGCCGCCAGGAACUGGAAAAACUGCAAUAGCGCUUGCUAUAGCACAAGAGUUGGGAAGUAAGGUGCCAUUCUGCCCAAUGGUAGGAUCUGAAGUGUUUAGUUCGGAAAUUAAGAAAACGGAAGUGUUAAUGGAGAAUUUCAGGAGAGCGAUUGGAUUACGGAUAAAGGAAACGAAAGAAGUAUAUGAAGGUGAAGUGACAGAGCUUACACCUGUUGAAACUGAAAACCCAUUGGGUGGUUACGGGAAAACUAUUAGCCAUGUCAUAAUUGGGCUUAAGACUGCCAAGGGAACAAAACAGCUUAAACUGGACCCUUCGAUAUACGAAUCAUUGCAGAAAGGCAAAGUUGAAACAGGCGAUGUAAUAUAUAUUGAAGCUAAUAGCGGUGCUGUCAAGAGGCAGGGCCGUAGUGACACUUACGCAACCGAAUUUGAUCUAGAAGCUGAGGAAUAUGUUCCAUUGCCAAAAGGUGACGUUCACAAAAAGAAAGAGGUAAUACAGGACGUUACUCUUCAUGACUUGGAUGUAGCAAACGCCAAGCCACAAGGUGGACAAGAUAUUUUGUCCAUGAUGGGGCAGUUAAUGAAGCCCAAAAAAACAGAAAUUACUGAUAAACUGAGAAAAGAAAUCAACAAAGUCGUCAACAAAUAUAUAGAUCAAGGUGUAGCUGAACUUGUGCCAGGUGUGUUGUUUAUUGACGAAGUUCAUAUGCUUGAUAUAGAAACUUUUACAUAUUUGCAUAGAGCUCUUGAAAGUGCAAUAGCCCCUAUUGUUAUAUUUGCUACAAAUCGUGGUCGGUGCGUGAUUAGAGGUACAGAGGACAUUAUAUCACCACAUGGUAUUCCAUUGGAUCUGCUUGAUAGAUUGUUAAUUAUAAGGACACUUCCAUACUCAAGAGAUGAUAUGGUACAAAUAUUGAAGUUAAGGGCAUCAACUGAAGGACUCCAGAUUGAAGAGGAGGCGUUGUCUCUUCUUGGUGAUGUGGGCACUCGCACUACAUUGAGAUAUGCUGUUCAGCUCCUCACUCCAGCAGCUCUGACUGCAAAAGUCAAUGGUCGCUCAACUUUAACAAAGGACGAUGUUCAGGAAGUGGCCGAGUUAUUUCUGGAUGCAAAGUCUUCGGCAAGAAUUCUUAGCCAAAAUAAAGAAAAGUACAUGCAGUAGAUUUUAGAAAUGCCAUACACUACACAGCUGUAAGUAGAAAGAAAGAAUUCACAAAAAGAUCUGUUGUCAGGACAGUACUGUACCUAUAAUGCUGUGCUGUUAUGUAUGUGAAAUUUGAUCUUUUAUGAAUGAAAAAGAAGAAAGUGACUGAAACAGCUCUUGCAGCUUCAAUCACAUUGGUUUGAAGUGGACUGUGUUCUGUCUGCAGUGAAUAUACCUAAUGUAAGUGUUCUGCUGCAAUGCCACAUUUCCAAUAAAUGGUUGGAUGAGGGUGGACAAAUGGAAAUUUUCACAUAGUACACUGCUAAUCAGAUAUUUGUGUAAUUGCUUUAAUGUGUGUUCAUUUUUAUGUUGCUUGUGUAUUUGAACUAGAUGUGGUGAAAUGUUAGUUUCAGUUAGAAACACUUUACUGAGGAAAUACCAAGCUCACAGUUUGCUGUUGUAUCUGUAUGUCACUAACAUCAUCUGCAAUAGCUUGGCUGUACUGUAUGUACACGUCGGAAGAGAAGCAGCAAAUGUGUGGAUGAUUUAACUAUUUGUUUAAUUAAGCAUAGGAGUUGAUGUAACAUAUUAAUUUCAGGACUAUGUUUGUAUUAUGACAUUAGCACACCAGAAAUGUUCAUUACUUGGAUUGUCCCCUUUCUGUAAAAUUGUUAGUAUAUUGUUAAACACAGAUGUAUAUUGUUUGAAAUAUGUUCCCCCCCCCCCCCCCCUUUACUUUUCAAAUAUGUAAAAGAUACAUUAUUAUCUCUGUCUGCAAGUUGUGUACCAAGAAGUCUAAUGAAUAUUUUGAAAAAUAAAAAAUGAAAAGUUUUUAUUCUUUUCAAGUUGUUGUUGCUGCUACAUCUGGAGGGUGGUCAACAUUUCAAGAUAUUCACUAACAGCAUUAGGCCUGCUAUUCAUACUACUUCUGCUUGAUUUUUAUGUUAUUUUAGUUUCACAAACAAAAUGAAUGUAUAUUUCAAGACUGCACAAAUAAAUUGAACUGUUAGCUGUUUGUAUUGCUGUCUAAUAUUGCUAAAUUAACUUUACCAGUGGGAAACAGUUAUACUAUGUAUCUUCCUCCUUUGCUGAUUAACUGAAAACAAAGUAAAAGGAUGCAAAAUAAAAAUACAAAUGGAGACAAAAAAAAUUAUUUGCUAAUUUCUGGAAACAUGUAAUUGACUAAGAAAUAUCCACUUUGAUGGUGGGCAGAAAAAGAUGGCAUGAUAAUUCAAGGUCUUUCAUUAAUUCAGAAGUGUGAUGAAGUAAAAUGUGGUAGGCAUAUUCCACACAUUAUUGAUUGUGAUACCAACAUUAAUUAAAUUUGUUUGGCUAUCAAUCAACACAAUGUGGCUUCAGAAUAGAAAUUUGGGUAAAAAGAACAUAUUUAGAUACAGCCAAUGUUGUAUUUAUGACUUAAGAGUGGUAGUACUUUAUUGUUAUUCUUGCAUGUAAUAAGUGUGCUUUUCUGGAUGUUUUUGUUGGUAUUCUGUUUGUUUCUAAGACCAUAUAGUACUAACUAAAUCCAGUGAGUUUCGAUCAACACAACCAUUGUUUCAUGGCACAUUUGAAUUAACUCCCAAAUUGGGAUCUGUCCUUGUGUUUCAUACACAGUAACUAGAAUUGUUGGAACAGCAGCUUGAACAUUCAGCAAGUUCAACUUGCAUUUUUUCUUUGGAGUGUGGUAGGUGUACCAGGAACUACUAUUACUCAUUUUGGUACCAAAAUAUAGUGGUCAUUAUUGACAUUUCAUCUUGGAGAUGAAGUGGAUACGGUAUUUUUUCUGAAGCCCUUUUCUUUCCCCCAGUGCUUAGCUAGAAUCCCAGAUAGUAGAGAAAAUUUGUGCAUAUAGGUAUUUCCUCCUUUAAUAUUUGUGUAUCAAAUGUUCAUUUUAUUAUUUUUGCAUGUUUUGUUUGCUUUGGGUCUUUGCAGUUAGAGACUGGUUGUACAGUCUCUCACAUGUGGAAGUAUAUCAACAAGUCAUCAGCUUGAUAUUGUCUUUAUUUUAUGAAGUCGACCAUGGCUUUGAUCAAACAGUUACGUUAUCACUGCCGUUAAAUUCUGUAGAAGUAUAUCAUCAGGAGGGUUGAAGUUGAAGCACAUUAUUCGUGCCUUUGCUUUACUGCACAACUAUAGCAAUUUCUUUGGAUAGCUGUAUGGUAACAAUGAGGAAUAUCACCAAAGAGUAAAUUUUAGUGUGUGCCUGAAAUGCAGUGCCUCAAAGGCUCUGCGAUAGAAUCUUAAUGAUAGAAGUAUGCAAAUAAAACCACCUUGAUUCGUUACAGUUCAUAACCGUGAACAUUAUUCUGAUGCUGUAUUUAG